AUUCCUUGCAACAGCGAACAUAACAUCGGGAUUUGAAAAUUGUGCAGUGCGCUAUUAAAUCGGUGAUUUGGGCGAAAAAUUCAACAGCGGCUCAGCUGGUUCGCUUAUCAGAUUAGAUGUACGGUGUAAAAUGUGCAAUCUAAGAAAUUGAUGCAUCAGUGAAAAUGGCCAAAGCAAUCUGGUGAAUCUAGUCAUCAGCAGAAACAACAACAAAGCACCUGACACAUCAUCUUUCCCGAGGAAAGUAAGCGCAAAUGCCUGCUGAAGGAUAAUGACGAACGGAGCUAGCUAUGCAGAUCUUUUAAUAGAAAUUCGGCAUUUUUUUUGUGUGGUUCUCGUGUGCGCUACUGCUGCCCGUUGACUAUAUUUAUAUCGAGGUGUGUGUCGUUGUGCCGCAGUUUGGCAAGGUGGAUCAAUUUUUAGUUUGUCCUGAUUUAUAAAACCACAGACACCUUGGAGAGCAGAAUAGAAAACCCGACCGUUUUCGUUACGGAAGUGGCACGAAGCGAAUUAGUGACAAAAAUCAAACUCAGAUAGCUGGAACGAAACAAUGUAAUUUGAUGUAAGCUGUUCGACCUGAUCGUACUAUAGGGAAGUGCAGCAGAAUAUAACCUAAAGGGAACCUUCCACUGCUUCCUACUUUGCUAAGCCGAUAAAACAGCAAGAGAACAGAGCCCAGUAUUCUUCGUUUGGCAUUUGCACGAGCUCCACCAACACGGAGGAUGGCUUAUACUACGAAUAAAAUACACGAUGAGCUCUGGGAACAGAUACUAGAGAAUCACUGGAAAUACCUCGAGUCGGAAGAAUCGAUGCAAAAAAUUCAACUGCGGCGUGACCUAGAAGAAUUGAUAGAAAAUCGUCUUGGCAAGGUGUCUCCAAAAGAGAAAUUCUUUCUAAAUGACACGAAAUAUGUCUUUGACAGUUCCGUAGCCUGUUUGGAUGGGUUUACCGCCUACAAAGCAUCGAUCGGAUUCGAGGCCGUCAGCCAGUACGCAAACAAUCUGUUUGUGAAACCAUGGCGGAAAGAAUAUAAAGUGAUAAAAAUGUAUUCCGGCUUCUAUCAACACGAAAUUGCUUCUAACCUGUUGAACGCGGAGAAACUGUUCCAAGCCAUGGGCUACCAGCUGAUGACAAAUCGAACCCUCGUUCUCGAAGGACCCAUUUGUCCGGAUCAGGUGAUGAAUGUUGCGCGCGAUGCUAUCACGGCGUACGUUGAAUGCCAGAUGAUGAAACGGAUCUAUAACGAAUUUACGGCAUUGCGAUUAUCGGUUGACUGGAUUGAUAUUUAUAACUUCCGGAGCUUUCAUGCCGCUGAUGUUAUGCAAACUGUUAAGCAGAUGGCGCAACUAAUACAGGAAAAACAUCACAAUAAACUCCACCAAGCUAAAUUGAAAGGUAUAUUUCAGCGUACCGUCGUACAUUAA